AUGACUGGGCUCCCCAAGCUAGCUGUGUUUGACCUAGAUUACACGCUCUGGCCUUUCUGGGUCGAUACGCAUGUUGACCCUCCAUUCAAUCGGAGCAGUGAUGGAACUGUCCGAGAUAGCCGGGGUCAAACCAUAAGACUGUACCCAGAUGUCCCCGAGAUUCUGGAACGACUCAAGGGCCUGGGGAUUCCCACCGCAGCCGCUUCCCGGACAGGUGAGAUUGAAGGGGCCAACCAGCUGCUGAAGCUCUUUGACCUAGUCAAAUAUUUUGUUCAUCUGGAAAUCUAUCCGGGCAGCAAGGUUACACACUUUCAGAGGCUGCAGCAGAAGACCGGCAUUCCUUUCUCUCAGAUGAUCUUCUUUGAUGAUGAGAAGCGUAAUAUUGUGGAUGUCAGCAAACUGGGUGUUACCUGUAUUCACAUCCAGAAUGGAAUGAAUCUUCAAGCUUUAACUCAAGGGUUAGAGACGUUUGCAAAGUCCCAGGUUGGACCGUGA